AUACUAUAAGUUGCAGUUUAAGUUCUUCUGAUCACGUUUUUAUGUAUUGAAGUGAGACUAUAUUUUUCAUAUAAAAACAAUAACAAUAAGGUGUAAAUAAACGAUCAAAGUACGGAUAACUGUAAGAGAAACACAAACAGUAAAUGAAACAGUAAAGUGUGAGAAAGGUGUUAAUCAAGGAAACGAAUGUUUGAACUCUUUUUGUCCUGAACUAAAAAUUUAGGUUAGAUGUAUCGGUGUAACGCAUCAACACGGUGCAAUUCAAGUUUAUUAAUUGCAGAACAUUCAAAGUAAACGAGAACAACGGAACGAUUGUAGGAUCUUAUAUUUGACUGUGAUAAUCUUUCGUGUGGAAGCUAGAUCAUAUUCCCGCGUGUCGACAUGGCGCAUACCAUUGCAAUUCUAUCCGUGAUACCUAGGUUAUCUUACCAUCUUCGCAUGCAACUUCCAAACUUAACGAUAUUUGAUGUUACGCCAGAUAAAGAUGAUACAUUAUCGAACUUGAAGCGCGCGGACAUACUGUUGACAGAUUGUGAUCUAUUUCUACCAUAUCUGGAUAAAUUGCAAUCUUUGAAAUGGGUUCAAACUACAUGGGCAGGUGUUGAGUCAUUAAUUCCAAAUUUGAAAGAUAAAAACGUUAAUUAUGCCGUUACCCGUUUCUCUGACGAAGCCUUUGGUUUGGCUAUGGCCGAGUAUGUGGUAGCUCACAUUUUCAAUUUCGAACGUAAUCAGAAGCAGCAGUAUGAAAAUCAGAGAAAUGGUCAUUGGGGAAGAGAUGACAAAAUUUCAAACCAUAGAUUGAUCCACGAUCUCUCUGUGGGCGUUUUAGGCUUGGGAAAUAUUGGAAAAUCGAUUGCAGAGAAAUUGAAAGUUUUUGGAGCCACUGUUUGGGGCAUAACGAGAACGCAACUUAAAGAAAAGUUAGAUUAUUUAGAUGAACAUAGAACAAUUGAAUCUUUACCUGAAAUGUUAAAACAAUGUGACUACAUUGUUAAUGUUCUGCCAUCCACUCCCAACACAUUGGGUCUAUUAAAUGGGGAUAUGUUACAAAAUUGCAAAGAUCGUGGUACAGUUUUCAUCAACAUAGGUCGAGGCGGAAUUAUUAAAGAAGCUGACUUAGUGAACGCUAUUCAGCAGCGGUGGAUCUCAGGAGCAAUACUGGACGUUUUUCAAAAAGAACCACUGCCAAAAGAUAGUAAAUUAUGGACAUUACCACAAGUCACUAUCUCACCACACAUUUCUGGUGUAACUCGCCCUCAGGAUGUUGCAAAAUUUUUUACUAAGAAUUACCAGAAAUUCAUCGAUGAUAAAAACUUGUUAAACGAAGUAAAUUUCCAUGUAGGUUAUUAGUUAUUUCAAAUAGUGAAACAAAAAUAUGAAAUAACAAGAA